UAAACGGGCAACACUGAUCAACACACAUUGUUAUGUGAUUUAGGUUGUGUUUUGUUCCAGUUUUAAGAGUUUUCGCCUUAUUUAAUCCAAAUGGAACUAUUUCCAUUCAGAUCCGCUCUUGUUAUGAUAUGAUGAUGUUACAAGAAUUAAAUUCCCUCAGGUUUUAAGGAUGAAAUGAAAGACCAAGAGAGAACACCACUGCGCGUUGUCCUCCGAAACUUCCUGAACCACAUUGAAAAUCUGGAAUCGCAAAAUUGUCCCGAAAAGAGCUACGAUGCCGAAUUUCAGGACUUGAAACUAUUCAGUGAAAAUGUUAAAUCUCUUAAAGAAUAUUCCUGUUUAGAAGGAGAAAAAGAAAUUAAUAGGAAGAAGAACAGAUACAAAGAUAUUUUACCAUUCGAUCUAAGUCGAGUAGUUCUCAAUGAAUAUGCAGGAAUACCAGGGAGCGAUUACAUCAAUGCCAAUUUUAUCAAAGGGGCCAGUGGCUCCCCUGCUUACAUUGCUAGUCAAGGACCACUUCCAAACACAGUUAAUGAUUUCUGGAGAAUGGUCGUGCAAUGUGAAGUCCAAGUCAUUGUUAUGGCUUGCAAUGAAGAAGAGGCCGGCAAGGCCAAGUGCGAAAAGUACUGGGUGGACGAGGGCGAAGAAAAACAGUUUGGUAUGAUUAGUGUCAAGUUAUUAAAGGCUAGCACAGUUUGUUCAGAUUUUUCUGUAAGAACAAUGAGGUUGAAAUACAACAACAGCCAAUCUACUAUGGAAGAAAGGACUGUUUGUCAAUUACAUUAUGUAGCAUGGCCCGAUCAUGGUGUACCGACAGUCGUGCAACCUUUGCUUGAAAUGGUCAGACUCGUGAGAGAUACUCAAGCAUCUGAAACAUUACCAGUUCUAGUCCACUGUUCAGCUGGCUGCGGGCGUACUGGGACUAUUUGUGCAAUUGAUUAUGUUUGGGGUCUACUCAGGACCGGGAAAUUAACAAACAAUUUUAGUCUUUUAGCGUUGAUUAGAGAAAUGAGAAAACAAAGAAUAGCAAUGGUACAGACCAAAGAACAGUACGUACUUGUUCAUCAGGCAGUCCGUGAAUUGUUCAAAGAACAAUUGUGCAUGAUUGAUUCUCAUCCAUAUGAGAACAUUGAUACCAAUGGAUUGAUGGUAAUCAGCGAUGAAGACGAGCAUGUAUAUGAUUCAAUUGAAUCUUUAUCUAAGGACAUUACUGAUGAGAAAAAAGAUAAUAACAAAGAAAAAGAUAUUCCUCCACCCUUACCGAAGAAAAAAUACUCGACUAUUUUUCCGUCCAAAAAGGAAAAAGAUGUUGAAAAUUUGAGUGCCCAACAACGUGCAAUACAUCAAAUACCAAAAGCAAAUAAGGUAUUAUUAAGACAGAAUAUAACGCAAAGUCAAAGUGCAAACAAAAUACCUUCUCCUUCUCUUCUUGACACUCAGAAUGAAUCUCCUCUCAAGACUACAGGUAAACCGAUACCGGCAAAAGGAAUUUUGAGAGUCCCUCAAUUAGAUACAUCAAAAAGUAAAGCAUUGGGUACAGUUAAAAGAAGCAAAUCUUUAAAAGUUGAUGGUAAUAAUGAUAAACGAAAAUUAAUGGUUUGUUCCGAAUUGCCAGUCGAAACAAAACGCCGUGCUAGUUUAGAAUCAAAUUUAGACGAGAAUAUUACCUUUUGUGUUGAUAAUCCACCCCCAUCACACAACGAAAUGUCGAGCAAACAAAUUGUACCUAAUAUUACAAAACCGCUGAAAAAGUAUGAAGACCUCUGUUUAAUAGAUCAUAAAAAACCAUUAGUAAGAAGUUACACAACCCUUGACAUGAAAACUAAAUUGUCACAAGAAAAUGCUCUAAAUGUUGAAAGAAAUGCGAUCUCGGCAAAAGUUAAAUUAUCCAGAUCGAACACACAAGUAGAUUUCAGUAAAAUAAGCAGUAAAACGCAUUUUCAUAAUCCGCCGAAUGAUACUAGCGUCAUUGACAUGGGAACUUUAAACACCAUAAGCACGCAAAGUAGAGCUGUUGGUACUCAAGAAUUAGUGAAUAAAUACAGACUUGGUAAGGACAAAAUGAAAGAACAAUUUAUUCGAAGUUCAAACGGUGUAUUGUUUGAUACAAAGUUGACACCUGUUUCUCUUCACAAAGAGAUCAAUGAUCUUCGCAAAAUAAAACCUAAUAAAGUGUCACCCUAUCAGUCAAUUUUACAAAAGGAAAUUGCAAAAGCUAAUCAGAGUCCGAGAAACCAAACUCUACCUGCUAAUAUACAAGUUAACAGAAACCAAAACUGUUCAGUCCCUUUUUCUAAUAGAUCUCUUAACAUUUCUACUCCUCAUAAGUUCAAAGACCAAACUAAUAGUGUAAAUUUGGAGUUGUCUUCUGAUAAAAAUAUUAAAAAACCAUACUUCUGUGAUAUAAAUGGUAGUGCAAUUGUAAACUGUAGUAUGAACAGUUCGUACACCGAACCUUUAUAUGUGAUGGUCCCCCAAAGGAAUAUCGGGAAUAGUACAUCAAAUCAGUUAUUGGGUGAUCAAUGUACACCUAAACCAGUCAGGAUAGGGAAAAUAAAUUCUCAUGAUGGUCAGUUAAGUGAACAUUUUGGUGAACUGACCACUUCUGACCAACAUUCAAGAUCAUUAAUGGAUAAAAUAGAACAGUCAAGAAAGCAAAAAUCGAAUUUCAAAUGUUUUUCUAAGGUUUGUGAUAAAACAGAAUUGAAGGAUAUGCCAAAAAAUCCAGCAAGGACGAAUUUUACGGUUGACCCUUUUAUUCCAAAAGACAAAAUGCCUAUGGCACACUCAAAGAGAAUGGAAAUGGAUGGUAAUCAUUAUGACAAUGACAGUUUGUACAGUCGGUGUUUGAAUUCAAAUGUUCCUUUUACAUACGGGCCGAUUACAAAAAAGCCUUUGCAUAAAAUAAGUUCAGGAGAUGUAAGAUAUUAUCAAGGAAAUACGAAGUUGACAAUUCCAAACACACCAACCCACAAGUUGAGCACUGACGGGAAACAAAAUUACGGACUUUCACCAUCCACCAGUCUACAACAAUGGCAAACGGUGAACAAGCCACAGAUCGGAGAAGAGAACGGUGAUUGGAAUUUGGGACCAUUAGGGAAAAAGUCGCAUAAAAAAAGUUCAUCUGGAUAUCUUGUAAAUCCGUCAGGAAACAAUCAAGAAAGCCCAAACAGACAAGGUUUGAAGAACGAUACUUACUUCCAGUCGGCUCCUGGUGUGGAUAUCGAUCAGGUUGCUGCUAGUAUCUCGCACAAAGAUAGCAGCAAAAGCAAUUUCAUGAAAGUUGCUCUUGAGGCUUUUAAUCUACGUCACACAAAACAGCAGGGCAAGAAAGACGAUACCCCAGCCAAAGCUCCUGUUAUGCAAGAAACGUUCUAUAAAGGGAAGAAGAAACAGCAGCAAUAUUUGUGAUUAUAUUAUACACCUAUUGUGAUCAUUAGUUUAUUAGUUGUGAAAUGUAUAUUUUUUUGUAAAUCAGUCUUAGUUCAAAAGAUAUAUUUUUAAGAGUGACUUCUCAACAUUCGGUUCUUGUAACUAAACGUCGAUAAGUUGUAUAUUUUAAAUAAAUGAAUACAUUUUUCA